AUGAGAAACGCCAUCGAUAUGUGGAGCAAGACUUUGAGAGAAAUUGCGAGAAGGCACAACCCCAAGAGGUCUUUUCAAUUUAUUAUCACCUUUUAAGGGUCAUUCGUCAGACAAAAACUCAUCGUAAGAUUUAUUAACUUCCAGUUAUACUCCCGACAAUGUCCGGCAUUUCACUUUGGUUCCUCCGAACGUCGAAGCCGGGAAUCUGGAUACAGAACAGUUGAGGAAAGGAAAAGGAGACACCAUAAUCAAUGAAAAGCUCCUCACUUUACUGUUGCCAAGGUGGGCUAACUCGAAGAAAUCUGGAAAAAAUUAUUCGAUUUAUAAAUAUUCAUUCAUUAACUGAGGCCAACUGUUCUCAAUUUGUAUUUUUCUUCGGAGCAAAUAUUUCUGAUAAACAGGCGUUGAACCUGCCUCGCCGCGUCUUACUUUGAAUACUAAAGAAAAGUUUUCGAAACAGCUAUAAUUUUAAGAAGCAAAAGUUAUAAAAUUUUCGAACUUAACUUUUAAUUCAGACAUAAAGGCGAAUCUCCUUUCACCACGACCACAACAAGUACGGCCCCUCCACCUACAACUACCACUACCACCACGACUUCCACAACAACAUCAACAACUACGACGACGACUACUACUCCAGCUCCUACAACCACGACCACAACGACCUUAGCUCCGACUACUACAACAACUGAACUGCCGAGACGAAAUAUCCCAGGGAGACUGGUUCAACCGGACGCUGAUAGCUAUGAAAAUGUGAAAAUUCCUUUAAAAAUUUAAAAUCUUCUCCCUUUUGAAGACUUCUUCUGGUAAUGACGUGGACGAUAGUGAUGGAUUAAAGAAGACUGAGCCGGAUAACGUAGAUUUCACUAAAGAUGAACAAGGAUCUCAGGAAGAAAAAAACGUUACAAAACAGAUGGAAAAGUCGACCACAGAGACCCCAGAGGUUAUUUUACUUUUUGCCUAAAAAAAAAAAAGCAAAACAUCAAUAAAAAGAUGAUAAUGAUGAUAAACUGUUCUAGCUUCAAGCUGAAGCUCGAAGUUUCUGGAUCUUCAUUUUUCUUAGACUGAACUUCCUAAUUAAGCUAGUAGAGUUAAUUUAAAUGUCACUCAAAAUGUGACAUUUUAAAGCUUGUUGACCCUUAAAAAACCUUACAAAAAAAAAGUUGUUUCAGAUCGAAAAGCCAAAAUCUACAGAGGACAAGAGCAACCCUCAAUUCACGGCAUUCUUCCACACCGCAGAGCCAAAACUUUUCUCUACAGCUCAAAUUAUUGAAAGCGCGGCGGAAUCGGAUUCGAAAGACUCUGGAAAGCCGUCUUACAUCAAGAAACUGGAAGAAAUCUACAAGAAUGAAGAAGAAUCAGUGACUAAACAGUUAGAGGAGAUCACCAUGCGAGAACUUUUUGGAAGCAGCUCCACGACAACGCAGAAACCAACUACUGUUAAAAUCACAAAGACUACGGCAAAACCGACAAAGAAAACUACUACAAAAGCUGCUAUUAAAACAACUACACCCACACCAAAAAGUGAAGAAGUGAAGGAAAAAGAGACCACCAAGAGCUUGGAAACGAUGGAAGCUGAGCUCCUUACUGAAGUUCAAGAGGUAAGCAAGAAUGUUCUGUAACUUUGAGUUUAUUUUUUUCAGGUUCUGCAAGUUCUAUCCGCGGAAGAGAACGUUGAAAACCAGAAGAAGCUUGAAAGACAAGAAGCGCGACUGAAAAUCGCCAACUUUUUGAAGAAAAUGGGUUAGUUAAUACACCGAUGGCUUGGAGUUUUUUCGUAUUUACGAAUCAUUUUUUUAGAAAAAAAUAUCACUGCUUUUCGAAAUAUUUAAUCUUUCAGAAAACAUCAAAAAGUCGAGAAGUGACGAAGAUGCGAAAAAAGGGGAAAAACCCACCAAACCAGAAGUUACAAAGGCGCCAAAACCUGCCGAAACCACGAAAAAACCGACCCCGACGACCUCUACAACGACUUCUACUACCACAACUACGACAUCAGAAGCUCCUACUACAACUUCGAAAACAGAAAAAGCUACUUCUGCCAUUCCUGAAGCGGAAGACGAAGGAGCCGCUUUCGUGACUCAAGCUCCAGAGCCAGGAUCUUCUGUUUCUAACUCCGAAACUGCCAGUUAGUUAAAUAACUUCCGUUUGAAGUUCUGCAAGCCUGAUCUUUCAAUUUAAGCCAAAAAACUUUCCUUGGAGCCUCCAGCAGUAACAUUAGCUGACGUUAUUUCGACCACAACAGUAGCGCCGUCGCCUCCAGUCGCUGGAACCGUUUACAACUUGAAUGUAAUUUCUUUCAUUUUUCUCUACUAUAAUACAAUUUUAGGCAAAUGCCAACUCCAACGCUAACCCUCAGUUUGCCAAUGUGAUCACUCCAAUCGCAGGGAUCUUGGAUGAAAUUCGGCCAAUCCUGAGCCCGCUUCUGCAGAGCUCGGGAAUCGGAUCACCUAGAGUAAACUCCUUUUUUUUUAGUUUUCAUAUGAUUUAUGAAAAUUCAGGCCAGUGGCGUGAGAACCUAUCAGCCACCAGAAGGAAGAAGUCAGUCAAUUUUUUUUCUCAAAAUGAAAAAAAGAGUUUCCAGAUCUGAUGGAAGAUGGGUUUAGUGAGAACUCAUUGAUUGGUUUCGGCUCACAAUUGGCGAGAGAAAUUUUGAACCCUGGGUCUUUGAGGAAGGACAGAAUGGUGGAAAGAAGACACCAAACGAUGAAAAUAAUUAUACUUUUAGGAGCGAGAAAAGUCUAUUGUGAGCAGGAUAAACGAGGUUAAGAAGAAUCAGGCUACCGUGGUUCGUUAACUUCCUUUUCAAGAACUGAAAACGAUUUUUGUUUCAGUAUGAUUCUAUGGCAACUGGAGCCCCACUCGACGUCGGACAGUACACCCAAAACUUACCCGUUGCGACUGCUCCACCAGUAGGAACUAGAAUAAAAAAAUCACCUCUAGAAAAUAAUUUUGAAGGCUACUCAACCGCCACAAAACCUGCCCUAUUUUGUCCCACCUCCGGCAGGAUAUGUAGGACCACUUCCUCCCGUUCCACCACCGCCGCCGUCUUUCUUUAUGAAGCCGAAACGUGAGUUUCUAUAAAAAUUAGAACGUGUAGGUCAUCUGAAGUUUAAAGUUCCUUUUAUUAUUUCAGCUAGAUAUUCAAGUUUAGAAGUGGUAGAAUAACAAAAAAACAGAAAAAGGGUUUGACUCAGCAGAAAAACCUGGACAGCUUUUUAUCACUUUCCAAAAAAAGUUGUUAUAACUUUUUCACGUUUCCAGAGAACCCAGCUUCUCAACCUCAACCUCAACCUCAAUUGCUACCUAAGCCAGAAGUCCGAACGGUCGAUGGCGCCUACCCAGAACACAUAAACACUCCUUACUACCCGCCGAAAAUUUCAAACGGACAAUUCUACACAGGAGCGACUUCUGAAGAGCCUCAACGUUUCCAGAGCUCAGUCAGGAAGGAAGCUCCAAAACCUGCAGGUUUUCACUCUUUUCUAGAAGAAUGAUUUUAAAACUUUUCCUUUUCAGUGAUCAAAGACGACCAAGGCUACGAGCAAGGAAGAUAUGGAGUGAAGUCGACGUUCUUUGAAGAUUCUGGUGAGUUUAUGAAGAAAUUCAUGAAUUUUGAAAUGAAGGUGUUCAGGUCUUCCCGUAGAGCGGCGAACACCAGCGCCAGCCGUGUUCGACGCUCAAAUGCCCAAGGAAAUGUUUGGACUGGUGCCGAAUGAUCCAGCAAGUUCGGGCUCUUUUGGAGGCGGGAAAGCUCCAAGUGGCAAUGGAUUUGGAGGUUUGUGAAGCUGAAAUACAUGAACUGAAAUAGUUCAGCUUGAGUUCGAAACCUGAACAUAUCUGAUAAUAGGAUUCUGAUACGAAUAUCAAAAAAGUGCGAAAAAAAAGUUUCGAAAAAAAAAAAUGAGAACAAAAAAUUGAAGUCUCAAUGACAAGCGAGCGCAAAGCGGAAACCGGAAAUUGUCGGACGCAUUGCGAGAAAGGCAAAGAAUUUUUUUCACCAUAUUUUUGCAGUUAUGCGAUUACAAGCUGAGGAGAACAGAACAUAAUUUACUUACUGCUGAUCUUUUCACAGCGAAAAGUAUUUCAGAUUGCUUUUUCAAAUAAAGCCUGGGAUAAGAUUUUCUGCAGUCUUGAAAAUGUGCCAUCAAAACUGUAGAAAAAAUUCCUGAUUUCAGGAGGAAUAGCUCCCGUUUCAUCCUAUGAAGAAGCUGAACGUCAAUCCUCCAAGUCCAGCUCGUCGUUCUUCUCAUCCAACAGAGCCUAA